AGGGAAUUUCACUGUCUUUAAUUUGAGACCACAUUCAAGUUCACCAGCAUCCGCGAACAAUCGAAAAAGUUGGACUUUUUACAUAAAAACUUCGAAAUCCGUGUAUUUUUAAUAGCACAGAGGAAUGUUUUGCCUACCAGGAGUGAUAAGAACAGGCAGAGAGUAUGCAACCCGCGGAUUGUAGAAAAGCCCAAAUUUCUUUUAUCUAAUUUUUGCCGGUUGGCGCUGAAAAGUGGUUGUGAAAGUGAAUCUGAAUGAUGAAUUUAGAAUUUAUCAUUGUUUUACUAAUAACAUGGAGUUGUGAUGGGAAUCUGGCUGGAGUCGUGAGAGGAAUCUGGUUGGAGUCGUGAGAGGAAUCUGAAUCGGAGUCGCGAAAGGAAUCGGAAUCGAAAAUUACGAUUCAGAUUCGGAUUCCUAUAUCUGGUGAAUCUGAUAAGCGGAAUCGGGACUCAAAAUUUUGUGGAAUCACACCAUUUGGAAUCCGAUUCUCAAGCUCCUGGAAUCGCGCCAACUCUGUGUUGCAUACGGUUGACGCUUGUUUUAUGAUCAAAGUUGAGUUAUUACAACUUCAUGAGGCAGUUGAAGAAUGCAUCGUUGGGGAAACAAGAAGGAUAUGGCGGUAAACAUAGGAGAUGAUCCGCCGUAUUUAUCAGUAGGAACUGAAGUUAGUGCUAAGUAUAAAGGAGCUUUCUGCGAAGCAAAAAUUAGGAAAGUUGUAAAAGCAGUGAAGUGCAAGGUGCAAUAUAAGAAUGAGUCUGGAUCUGCGUUUGUUAACGAUGAGCAGAUAAAAGGUGUUCUCAUGCCUGGAGCUUCUGUGGAAGUGAAGCAGCCAGACAAAAAGGAGUACAUCGAAGGAACCAUCGUUAAAAUACAAGAUUUAAGCCAGUACACCGUCGUUUUUGACGACGGUGACAUCGCUACUUUGCGGAGAACAGCGUUGUGCUUGAAAAGUGGUAGGCAUUUUGCUGAGAGUGAAACAUUGGAUCAGUUACCAUUAACCCAUCCGGAGCAUUUCAGUACUCCAGUAGUUAGUGGAAUUCGAGGGAGUAGAAGAAGAGACGAUAUGGAAGAUAAUAGCGAUAAUGAAUCAAAACGAGAGCGUAAAAUUGAACGAGAGGAAGAUAUGGGUAAAGUUGUCUGCGUCGAAGUAGGCGAUAAGAAAAAAUCAAAAGAUAAUUGGUUCCCUGGCUUGAUUGUCGCGCCUAAUGCUCAAGAUAGUGUGAAAAUUGACGUCGAGGACGAAUACUUGGUGAGAUCAUUCAAGGAUGGACGUUACUACACGGUACCCAAACGGGAAACCGUCGAAUUCACUCGUGAAGUAGGCUCCAAAGUAGAUCAUCCUACUUUAAAGAUGGCCGUUGAAAAAGCCAUUUCUUUUCUGGAUAAAGAUGAUCUGCCUCCUCAUUGGGAUAGGGAAGUUUUAUUUGGUAUGGCUGAUUAUACGUCGGAGUCCGAUGGUUCGGAUACUGAUUCAACAGAUGACGAACCUCGCGAAGAAAAGGAUCAUUUUGUAGCGCAACUGUAUAAAUUCAUGGAUGAUCGAAGUACACCUAUCAAUAAAGGACCAGUGAUUUCGUCCAAAGAUGUCGAUCUGUAUAAAUUAUUCAAGAUUGUGAACAAAUUGGGAGGUUAUAAUCGUGUUACCAAUAGAAAUCAGUGGAAAAGUGUUGCGAUCAAAUUAGGCUAUACAGCGAGUCAAACGAAUAACGUGAAAACGUCUUAUAAAAAAUUUCUGCAUAAUUUUGAAGAUUUUUAUAGAAAAUUAGGCUGCACAAUGAUGAGUCCCAAUGUUAAUAAUAAAUUAAGAAGUCGUUCGAGUAGACCAUUGAUCAGAGAUCGAGAUAAAGCAUUACCGGAGAAGACGGCUGAUAGAGAUGAAAACAAUCCGAACGGCGACGAGAGUUUAGAAGGAAAAGAGUUACAGAACGGCGUUAAAACAAAAUUAGAAAAUCAAUUUAAAGACGAGACUGAUACGGACGAUAAGCAAAAAGAAUUGAAAAAAGAAAAUAUUAAAGUGAAAAAAGAGCCUAACGUAGAAAACGUCAAAGAAGACGAUAAAACCAAGAAGAUCAACGUUAAAGUAGAAAAUGUGGCCGCAGUCAAAGACGCGGUGAUACUACCAACGUCUUCGAUCAUAACGCCUAAGGAACCUAAACCUAAGGUUGUGAAAAAUGACGACGUUAUCGAAGAAAAACCUAGCACCGAAAAGAAAUCUGAACGAAAAGUCGUCAAAGCGGUUCAAAAGUUGGAUUUCAGUGAUACCAAAAAAGAUGAGAAAAUUCCCAAGACCAAAGCUACUAAAUUGAAAGGCGUAGAAAAACGCAUUAAGAAAACCGAAGUGUUACCCGGUAUUAGAACUAAACGAAGUUUAAAGGAAAGAAUGAAAGCUAUUGUUAAAAAAUUGAAAAUGAAAAGUGGCGUUAGUGGUAGUAGUGAACAGGAUAAGAAAAAACCAAAGUCUGCCGAAGAUAUGAAUAAAGCAUCGCCGCAGCUAUAUAAACUGAAAAAUAAAGAUGAUAUCUUGAAUAAUAGCAAUGCGAAAACGAGAAAAUUAUCCAUCGGUCAUGAUAAUAGAAAUUUACUCGGAAUUGGCGCUGGCAAUGGUGAUAGAAAAUCAACAAGUUCGUCCACUUCUGGUGGUAACACUAGUGAUGGUGGUAACUCAACUGGAACUACUGGUAAAUCGAGGAAAACUGACGAAGAAGGCGUUGAAGGACCAAAGAAGAAAACUUACACGCGGAAAAAGAAAGACGAAGAUAAAUUUUUGACCAGUUCUGCGGAUAAUCUAAUUAAUCAAAGUAUCGAUAUUGUUUCUCCUUAUAAGACCAUCUGUGUAGGAGAUAAAUUGAAAGUAUAUUAUGGACCAACUCACGAAUCCAAAGUUACUUACGAAGCUAAAGUUAUGAAUAAGAGAUACGGCCCAGUUACCGAGUAUUUUGUUCAUUAUACCGGUUGGAAUACUAGAUACGAUGAAUGGAUUCGAAGAAGUAGGAUAGCUGAAGAUUUAAGCUGGACUCCUGCUAGAGAUAAACUGAAAUACAGUCAAAACGACACUCCAUCGAGUAGUCAGUCAUCAUCCCAAAGUGAUCAGACGUCGCUGCAAAGUCAGACAACUACCAAAACCGGAACAGAAAAGGUGAAGCGAUCAUCUAUUUCACCAGUUGGUAAAUACCCAUCGAAGAGUAUUAAUAAAGUGGGCACAAGACAGGGAAGAGGUGCCAAGAGCAAAUCUCCUUCAAAAUUUGAUGUCAAAGGAAAGAAAUUGAAAGAUUCGGAAACCAGCGACGAAUCAGAAACAGAAUCGCUAAAGAAACGCGAAUUGCAAAAAACUAGAAGUCGAACUGAAAAACAAAAGCAGCAAGACGAAGACACUGGCUCGAAAGACAUUCCUUAUCAAAAAACAAAGAAAACGCCGCCUUUAAAACGUACGCGGUCAGGAUCUUUGAAAUCAGAAUCAAAAGAGGAAGAGCCCGUCAAAAAACGUAAGGUUACUCCGGCCAAAUCUGCCGCCAAAACUAGCAGAACAAACGCGAUUCGUAACUCAAUCAUGAAGAACCUAGUAGGUCGUAAACGAAUCGCAGAUAAGGGUAAAAAACUGUUCAAAAAGAAAGACCCAUCGUUCGACAAGGAAAGCGACGAUUUCGAUUCCAAGGAUACGGAUAAAAUCAACGAAUCGAUGGAAGCAGAUGAUGCGAAAGAUCUCGCAGAAUUGCGGAUCGAUAUCGAGAAAAGUCGAAUAUGCGAGGAUCUCAAGUUGAAAACCGAAGAAGAAAUCGAAAGGAUGAAUUGCGAAGAAACUGAAUUAGUGUUGAAAAUCAAACCAUUCGUGACGACGGGCGUUGUUUUAGAAGAGCUUCCGGUAUCAGUUGAUAAAGCGGUUGGAGAUUCAGAUAGAGAAAAAUCAGUCGAGGAUGAAUCUGAUGACAACGGACCGCCUGUAUUGAAAAAAGAAGUUAUACUCGAUGAUGAGGCCAACGCGUCGCCGAUUUCCGCAAACCUAUUCCUAGCUGAUAGUUACCUGGCUGAGAAUCUGGAAAAACAAAAGCUAGUGAAGGGUAAAACGAAAAAAGACUCGGAAGAAAAAAGUCCUCCUUCUGCAUCGAAAAUAUUCAAUCGUGGUAGCGCCGAGAAGUCUACUGUGAAAGCAAAUUGUGAUGCGAAAGAAAAAACUUUCUUUCCUAGUCGUAUCGAUAAGGUCGAAACGAAAAAAGUUGAAAAUACUGAUAAGGAUAAAAAAGAUAAACUGAAAAACGUCAAUACGUUUACUAGUUAUUUAAGUAUGGAUAAAAUAGAUUCGAUUAGAAAAGUGAACUCGUUAGAAAAAAGUCCCGCGGAUAAAGGCUCAGCUGAAAAAAGCACCUCGCUGCAAAAAUCAAUGGAUGGAGGUAACGAACUUGAUAUUUACGAAUUCAAAGAACCCGAACCGUUCGAAUUCCGCGGUAUUGAUGAUUGUCCCAUAUUGCAUCGUAGAACCGCCACCAGGUUAUUUGACGAGUCACCUUACAAACGUCCUAACAAAACGUCAUCGUCACCCGGUGACUCGACCAAAGAUGAAGAUUUCUUCAAGAUUACCGAUGAAAUGGACCUGAAGUCAGAUAAAGACGAGUCUAUCGAAAUCGAUGAAAAAUUAGUUCCAAAGACAGCGGAGCCAGAAAAAUGUGAAAAACUCGACUCCGUAGAUUCUACCAAAAUCAAGGAGACUCAAAAUAUCGACCUAGAAGAACUCGAUAUCGCGGAAACUUCAAUUGAAAAAAGCGAAUCGCUAGUCGAAGAAUCAAAUGAAAUUAAAAUCAGCACAAUACUCGUAUCAGCGGAUUCGUCGUCCAAAGAUAUACUUAAAAUUGACGAGUUGAACGAAUCCACUUUGUACGGUGAUUUACCCAAUGAAGACGACGAAGACGACGAUCUCGAAGAAGAGAAAUUAGUCAUUUCGGAAUGCGAUCAACCCGAUGACGAUAUAAGUUGCGAAUCGAUAGCCAGUAAAAGCGAGGUCACUGUCGUGUUCAAGGAUUUCGACAAUUUAGAUAGAACUCUCGACUCCAAACUACCCGAUUCAUCGGAUAAACCUACUGACCUCGCUGAAAUCGACCCGAAGAUCGAAGAUGUGAUCAAAUUGAAACCAUCUUCGAGCGAAUCAAUCAUUCUCUCUAAAUCAUCUGCAUCGUUACCAGCUAAAAAAGACGAUAAUACCGGUGAGAACGUUGUCUCAUCUUCAAACAAAUCCAUCGAAGAUGAAAUAUCGGAGAAAUUACACGCAGACGAGAAUCUCGACUCCGAAGACGACGACGAUAGCGUUUCUUCCUUGAAAUCUGGCUCGUCUUUCGGUGAUACGAAAACGUCGAAAGAAACCGGUGGAUCAGACAGCGUUAGCGAUGAUAAAGACAGCGAAUAUCCUUCAUCAACCGAAUCAUCCGGCGCAGCCGCCAUCGAACCGACGAAGAAACCAGAACACUCGAGAACCCUGUCCUCUGAAACAAUCACAUACUCGUAUAAAAAGAAAACUACUCACGAGACAAAAUGCGAAAGCGACGACACCAAAAUGGAUACAACGAGCGGAGAUGAAGCCGGUGAAAGCUCAGAGGCCAGCAAAGCCGACCUGUCCCAUCACAGUGUCAUCGACGAAGUCGAAAUCGAAAUAUUUACCGCUGCCAAAAAAGAAGUCUCUGAUCAAGCAGAUAGCAAAAGUGUUACCGAAACUCCCGCCAAUAAAGAAUCUGAUUGGCAAAGUGAAAAAGCGUCCGAUAAAGAAGAAAAUCACCAUAAGAACAAAGAAGAAGAUGACGACGAUGGUUUAUUGCUGUGCGAAGAAACAAUUCCAAAAAGUCCGGAAGGAAAAGAUCCAUCUGGAAGUCACGAUCACGAUUUGUCAUAUCCCGGAAGUUCCGGUAUGUCGGGUUCGCUCAAAAAAGCACCUGAGAAGAAAAUGAAAAGAGUCCAGCGGCCUUCGGUCUUUCCUGCGCCCGGUACAAUAUUCGAAAACACGCCUCCGACUACUCCCGAAGGUAGCACCCCUGGAAAUUCUCCUUCUGAUGAACGCAACGGAUUCUCUUCCAAUUCAUUCUCGUUGAACGAGAAAUCUUCUUUAAAUAAGGAUUCCAGUGAAAAUGAUACAUAUUCGGAUAAUUCGGAGAGAUCUUUAAGAACCAAGAAAUAUCGCGACGAAAACGGAACAUGCAGUAAGAAGAAUUCCUACGAUUAUGACUCGUACUUGAAAAGAAAAUCCGAUAAAGAUUCAUUCUACAAAAAUGACGAACCAUCAAAGAAAAAGGGAAAACAAAGCAUGCCAACAUCUGCUAAUGAAAGUGAAAGAGAUGAUUACAGCGACGAAGGUCAAUCGCCUAAAAGUACUUCAUUGUCGCAAAAGUUUACCAAAUCUUCCUAUUAUUUAGAAUUAGAUCCAGAUCUCGACGCAAACCAAAGAAUCGAAGUAUUAGAGCAGAAAUUACAAGAAUUAAGGAAAGCUUACCUCGCUUUAAAGCAAGAACUCUCUUCCAUUGAUAAAAGAAGAAAAAAAUUGAGAAGAAGAGAACGUGAAGGUAGAAUGAUGACCAGAAACGAAGCUAAUUCUUUACUAUAACGGAAUUAAUUUCUAUGCGUCAGGUUUACUCGUAGUUUAUUUACCCCUGUCCUUCCCCUUUCCCUUAAUACGGGAGAAAACCCCUUAUGAUUUAUUUUGUAUCAGGUUUAUUUCUCGUGUUUAGUUAGUAGAUAAAACUAAGUCGAAUUUCUCAGCAAAAAACUUUUCUAAUUUUGCUCAACUGCAAACUUUUUUAUAAUUGUUUUUUUUUUUUUAAUAGAAAAAUCGAAAUGUUUUAAUUUGAAUUUUAAACGUUAUUUUAUUUUACUCUCCCUUUGUUUUUCCUAAAUCAAAAGAUUUUCCUUUUGGGUUUUUUAUUUUUGAAUAAUAAUCAGUUAUUCAAGACUUGAAAUGCAUUUUACUUCCAAGAUACCUAAGCAAAUAAAAUAAUUCUUUGAUUGCCACAGUUAUCGAUCAAUAUUACGAUUUUGGAUUUCAAUUUUUUAAAGUAUCUCGAUGCUAUAAUAAUAUGUAUUUUAUUUUUUAAAUUGAAAAUAUUUUUUAUAAACGCAUAGUAGGUAAUAUUGAUAUACCUAUACCUAAUGAUUCUUUGUUCUGUUAUGAUUAAUUUUGAACUUUUAUCAUACGACUGGAGUCGUUUCGAUACUUUUACGCUACGGUACGAGUUGCAUUUCGUAUCGAAUCGAACAAAUGAGUGUCGUAGGGAUUCCGAAGAACUGAUUGCCGUUUUGAAUUCUAAAUAUUAUUCGCUUGAUGUUUAUUUUUCUCAAAGAUUUCGUCAAGAUUAUACCAGAAUUAAAGAUCUCAACGAAUAUUACUCGUUUUUUUUCAAAUGUAUUUUACAUUUUAAAGAUAUUUGGUAUUGUUUUUUCUUUCUUUUUUUUUGUUUUUAUUUUGUUUUAUUUUGUUCAUCUUAAAAAUAAUGUAUUGAUGUAUUUUAAGUAAUUUUUGUUACGUUUAUUUAAACGAAUUUUAUUUGUUUAUGAAUUUCGUUCAUGUUUUGUCUUGAUAACAUUUUUGAUGAAUUAUAUAGGAUUAUUAAUUUUUAACGUAGAAUUGGUUUCGAAAAGAAAAACAAAAAAAAAGUAGUGUAAUUUUGAUAUUUUCAUUAGUGUUGUAUGGUUUGUAUUGUACAUAUUGUACCUUUGUACGUAUGUAAUUUUGUUUGUAUUUCCCCUUCCCCCUUCUCCCUUCUCUUUGCGGAUAUUGUCGCAGUAUUGGCGGUAAAAAGUGAUGUGUAAUUAACUUAUAUUGUUAAGGUUUUAAAAGCGAAUUUGAAAUUUACCUCAACGCAUCAAGUUUUAAACGUUGAGGUAACGAUGCAUAUUUCGUCGGUUGUGUUAACUUGAUUUGUAUAGAAAUUGCUGCUUGUUUUUUGUGUUUAAUAACGUUUCAUUUGUAACGCUAAUUUGGUUUUUGUUUGUAGAUGACUUUUUUUUUUCUUUUUCUAAACUUAUACCGGCCUAUAUCAUGUACAUUUUUGAAAAAAUGUAUAUUCAUGUACGGUAGAACCUCUUUUAUUUUCCUUUUUUUUUCUCAUGUGUACAUGUAAAUCGUUACGUUAAGUAAUAAAUUUUCAAAUAAA